AGAACUUUUAUUUUGAAGUGACUGUGACGCGCUCCCCCCAUACCCGGAAGUUCACUUCACAACAUCAACUGGUGGGGGGGAAGAAGAGCGGACACGGAGAAAACAAGUAGCUUAAACACCAAAGUGACUUUUCCAAACAACCUUUGAAGUAAUUUCAGGCAACAUUUUAAAACUCACGUGCAAAUGUCCUGAGAGCAGAUAGCGCCACAUGGAGGCUGUUGUAAAGAACUUGGAGCGGACGGCGGAGCUACUCGCUGUGUCGCAGACAGAGAUAGUGCAGCGGUGGGACAAACAAACCCUGGACAGAGCCUUCCAAUGGACUCAGUACUGCGAACACCUCUACACAAGGUUCCACGCAAAUACAACCGUCAGGGACAUCUUGGAAAAACAACUACAGGUGACAAACGAAAGCUUACGAACAACUUUUCAGGGGUAUACGGACAUCACUUUUUCUGACCUGUCGCAGUGUCAACACUUGCUGCUCGUUGGGUUAUUAAACAACGCCGCGGUUCCGAGCUCAGUCAUCAAACAACUUUUCGACACUUCUUGUUCUAAAACGGUUGGAGAUAAAUCUAAGGACGCCACCGGUCAUUGCACUGAGCUCAUAGAAGUCAAAUCAGCAUGUAAAGUCUUAAGCGCCAUUUAUUUGAAAGGCAGUACGUCCUUUCCUGGUCCUGAUGCUGACGUGGUAGGCACGACACUGAUGGAGAUGUUGGAUAUCCUGCUCUCUCCAGCUACUGGCGGGUCCAAUGUGGGUCUAGCAGAGAAGUUAUUGGACUCCAUCUUACAAACCUGUGGUGAAUAUGAAAACUUCUCAGGGGUUGUUGCUGCUGCUCUCCUGUCAAGGAAAAACAACUCAGCAACAGCAGCAGCAUCAGCAACAACAGCAGCAGCAUCAGCAACAACUUCAGGAGGAGUUUCAUUAGACUUUAUCCUGGAUUGGCUGCAGCAACACCACAGUUUACUCCAGCAUAUGUGUUCCACGUUGCCUAUUGGACUUUUGAUGGACCUCUACCGGCAGUCUGUGAGGUUUAGAGUGACCUACUGUGACAUGUUGAAGCAAUGGGGGUCACAGUUGGAGUAUGACAUGGGUGAAGGAGAGUGGGUUCAAGUGUUUACCACCAACGGGGUGUCGUUCAAGACACUGUCUGACCAUUAUAGGUCGCUACUAGGGGCUUGUCCGUCGAUGGAGGAGGACAUUGAGAGAGAGCUGACAGAACUGAGGGUUGCCGAUGGGGACUUUGAUGUUAGAGGUCUGAGUGUUUGGGGUGACCUCCUCUCUGAGCUGAACAAGGUCUGAGUGUUUGGGGUGACCUCCUCUCUGAGCUGAACAAGGUCUGAGUGUUUGGGGUGACCUCCUCUCUGAGCUGAACAAGGUCUGAGUGUUUGGGGUGACCUCCUCUCUGAGCUGAACAAGGUCUGAGUGUUUGGGGUGGUAUUUUUUAAUAUAUAUUUUUUUAAACCUGAAACGUAAAUGAUCUAAAAACGCGUAAAACAUAAUCCGUUGUACUCAGUUGAGACACGACAUAUGAAACAAAUCGGAGUUUACUUGUUUUUAGAUAAUUGACGUUUAAGGUUUAAAAAAAAAAGUCAAAUUUAUAUUAACUUAAAAAAGAAAGAAAUGAUCAAACAGUUUGACAACCCUGUUUUGUAAGCUUUUUAAUUAUAUAAAACUCAACCAUUUAUCUUUUCCAGUGAUGAAGACAUUGAUGUCUGAUGGCGUGGUGAGGUAUGCAAAAUGGGUCAACUUUGAUCACCUUUAUCGCCUGAAUGUUUUGGCAUUCAGAUCUAAAAAGUAACUUUCUGACCACUUCAUGGGCAAACAUGGAAAGUUUAAAUCAAAAUGGAAGCUGUCAAAAAGUGAAUUCAAAUGGAUUUAGCCCUCUCUGAGCAGAACAGACUUUUAACGGAGCCAUGUGCAGCCUCAUCUAUGUCCCGUCAUCAUCAUCACAUUGUCAGUGUUCGUUGGACAAAUGCGGACAUUUGGCCUUGUUAGAUACAAUUGAUUUAAAUAUAUUUGUUAGAGGAUAGAUGUUUUUUGUGCUAUUACAUUCACAUAUACGUUUGUAUCAAUAACAGAAUAAAGAUGACUAUUUCUUUAAA